AUGAAUAUAUACAAACUCAGAUCUCUAGUUUACGUGUUUGAUUAAGAGUAAUGGUUUAAAUCAAUUCAACAAAUGUUAAUAACUAAAAAUACAAAUUCAUAAUAUUUGGAUGUUAUACAAUAAGCAUAUUUCUAAAACAUAAAUAAGAUUGAAGAAUAAUGCAUUCGAGAAUUAUAGAGACUUUUAUUAAAAGACAAUGACAAAUUCUAGAGUCUCAGAUUCUCCAGAAUAAUACAUCAUUAUAUAUUGAAAAAUGCCGAUAAAAUAGAAGGUUUAGAAGAAAUAAUCACAAACUCUUAGUAGUUAACCAUUAAGAAGGUUAUGCAAUAAGAUAACUUAAUGGAAAUCUUGGAAUCUCUGUAAUUUAGAGUAGCUCUUAUGAAAAGUAUUCCAAAACAAAUAAGCAGAGUAUAUUUUGAGGAGAAUAUAAAAAUUUAUAAUGAAAAAAAUUGA